CUGAGAACAUAGUAUGCCUCGGUGAUUUGACGAAAGUUCUCGGAUGCCUCGGCCGAAGAGUCGAGAUCGGGGUGCCAUCUCAGCUGCAGCCAGAUUCCAUAUGUUAGAGCGAGCCGCCAUGGCAGCCAGCAAACGACACUCGAUACGACCGGCCUGGUCCUGCGAAAUGCAAGGGGGGACCCACCGACUGUCGGAUACCCUCGUCUCGCACCCGCCCCUCUCGUCUGGGCCGAACGCCGUCACCGGUGCUGCUUCUGCUGCUUCUGCUGUUUCGCAAGCCAUGGAUACCAAGUUCCAGGCAAUAUCCCAGUUCCAUGACCUGCUGAAGAACGAGCCUUCUUCGCAGGCCGUCAUUGCGUUUUUGCCGCAGAUCCUACUGCUGAUUCGGGAGGACCACGAAGCCCUGCGGAUCGCAAUACUGGACGUCCUCGAGGAUGCCUGCUGCAGACUCUCCCUGCCGCCCGACGCCAAGCAUGCAGCCAUCGGCAGCACCAUCGAGGUACUGCUUUUUCUCAUCUCGAUGGAAAACGUCAAGCUCGUGCAAAGAUCCAUCCAGUGCUUCUCUCGAAUGUACCCGAUGCUGUUCCAGAAAGUGGCCACCACCUUGCCCAAUCAGACGCUUUGGGCGUAUAUCACCUCUCUCAGAACAAGCGCACAACAGCAGAUCAUCAAUCCAAACGAAGGCGUCCGAGUCUAUGUCAUCAAACUGCUUGGUGUCAUUGCCCAGGUCCAUUCUUUCCAGGACAAGCUGUACCCAAUCAAUCUCGAAGAUGUGUCGCUUGACAUUGUUCCAGAGUCCCAUCCCUUUUUCAAGACUCUGGAGCUAGCCAAGGACUCGGAGAUAGCCAUCAACAUCCUCAAGUCCAUUCUGGCCAAUAGCGCAGCGACGGGUGUUAUGAUGACUUCGGCCAUCAACGUCAUGGUGCCUGUGGCCCGGUAUCGAACCACGUUCUUGCCGUUCGUCAUUGGCGCACUUGUCGGCUGGCUCAGGAGCAAGCCCACGCAUUUGACCCCAAUGCAGUCCAAGAGUGUCGAGAGAACCAUCAAAAACUCGCUGGUUGCUCUGUACAAAACAUCCGAGGCAAUCCCCCUCCAGCAGCAGAUUGGCGAGGCACUCGCCUCGUUCAACAUCAGAAGCGAGCUGCUCCAAAAGUACCGCGAGCAAGCCAAGAGCAACAAGCGAUCGGCCGUUUCAGCACCCGAGGAGACAGAGGCGGGCAUAAACAAGCCUGGGUUUGGCCGCUUUGUUCAUGGGCUCGGCCAGAUGCCGUUCCCACAAGUCGUUGAGGCCACCAUCGCGGCCCUACAAUCAGUGCCAAUACAUCGCCUCAACGAAGCUAUUUCGUCAACCCGAAUCCAACUCGGUCUCGUCCAGGCUGGCGACAGCGUCCCCCAACCGAUGCUCCCGCCGGCUGGCCCUCCGUCGCUCCCGCUUCCGCUUCCGCCACCGUCGACCGCGGGUGCACCCAACAUCUCGGUGCGCGAUCCGAGAUUGCGGCUUCCACAACACGCAAGACGGCUUGGCAGUCAAUCCGGAGUCAUCCCAAGCGAUGUUGAAGCGUCUCCGCCGAUGCCUCUACCUGCAGGUGGCCAGCCGACCUUCCCGAUCCCACCGUAUGCUCACUCAACUCCUGGGGUCCCUGUGGCUCCCUAUCCGAUGGCACCUUAUCCAGGCGGCCACAAUCUCGGCUAUGCUGUCCCAGGUUCCGGAACCUAUGUUCCGCCUCAGCCGCCUGUCGCUGACCUUGUCGAUGAUGCCUUCUCGAACAAACCAGGCUUUGUCGGAGGUGCCUCGCUGAAUGAGGAUGCCGAGCCACUCCGCGCCGUCCCCGAUGUCUCCGACGCCUACGAAGGCACUCAGUCGUCGUUUUCACAGCCGCUUGUCCUUGAUGCGCCUCAGUCGAUGAGUGCCGAUGACGCCAAGCUAAUCAAGUCCGAGGCCGUCCGGCGCAUGAUCGAGUGCUGGACCCACUUCCAGCCGGUCACCAACCUGCAAAACGCUGAAUCGUCUCAGCCUAUGGCCAACGAGAGUCGGCAAGAUAAUCUGUCGGCGGCACGGUUGGGCUGGAUCACACUGCUUUCACGAACGGUGGCGAGAUUGAAUGGCGGUCAGGAGCUGAAUACGCCGGCCCCGGAUGAUGCUGGGCUAGAUGAGUCCCAGAUGGACGAGGACGGUGUGGAUCAGCCCACACCGAAACGUCAGAGUGCCCUGGCGGAUGACGAUCCCCGCGGCAUUCUGAUGGACUUUGUGAUGGAAGACUUUAAGCUCCGGUAUGAGCUGGCGGCCGCGUGGCUCCUCGAGGAAUGGCUUCAGGAUCAGAAGCGACAAGGUCCUACGACUGCCGAUCCAGCCACCCGAGUAUACCCGAUUCUCUUUGAGCAUAUGCUUUUGUCGCUGUCCGAGACGGCCCACGGCAAAGAGCGUGUUUUCACAAAGUUUUUGAUCGAUGCACCCGAGCUGCUGCUGCCGGUGGUGGAGCCAGUCGUCCGCUGUUACUGCGAGGACAAAGAGAGCGCUCUCUUUGGGCUCGGUGUGCUUCGCGAUUUGAUCAUUCUCCGCCCUGCUGUUCGAGAAUGGGCGCUGAGGACGUUGUUGGACUACUGCGUGCAUCCAAACCGUUCUCUCCGCUCCAACGCCAUCCUCGUCGUCAAACGCUGGUAUCCCGACCACGCGGCAUUCUCGGGCCCCAUAUUCGACAAGGCCAUGGAGUAUCUCCAAAUGCUGCACGGACCAGCGCCUGCUCCCACCAUGCUGGAGGACGAGGAUGAAGACGAGCAGCGCCGGGGUGAAGCUCUGGGCGAAACCAAAGCCGAUGACGAUGCUCGGCGGGACGAUGCGCUGGAGCCGCCCUCAGCCCCAGAAGAAGAAGAAAGCAAAUGCGACUGGAUUGUCUCGGAUGUGCAGAGGCAUCUGGAGCUGUAUUUUGCGCUGUGCAGCAAGAGGCCCGAGUUGUUGUAUGACCUGUUCGAGUUCUAUUCCGGCCUUCCCGAGGGUAUCCAGUCGCACAUCCGCAGCCAGAUUCUGCCCCUGCUCAAGGCAUUGACGCCGCAGGCCGCCAAAGUCAUCCAGAUAUUCAAUCAAAUGGAUGCCCAGGGCGAGCUCGUGCGAGAUCUGCCCAAGGGAUCCGAGAGCUUGUUCCUGCGGAGCUUGAUUGUUUUUACCGACAAGGAGCUGCCGACCAUGCAGAUCGUCGAGCCUGCCCAGGAGAUCAUCAAGCGACACCAACUGGGCACCAAGUUUUUGAUUCCGAUUUUGCCGGGCUUUCCCAAGAGCGAGAUUCUCGCACAAAUUUCAAAGGUCGUGUUGCUCUUGAAUGAAACGGACCGGCAGCGCAAGCUGGUCCAAAGCGUCUUCUGCAAGCUGUGCGAGCAAAAGCCCGUCGGCGAGGAAUCUCCCCAAGGGAGCGAGGUCAAAGAGAGCCCUGAGGCCGAGGCGGGUGCCCCUCCACCUCCGCUGCCGCCGGCACCCCUGACGCCCGCGGAGCUGCUGAUCGCCCUGCACAAUGCCGAGAAUAUUGCCGGACUGCGCAAGCUCAAGGAAGCCAUUGUCGACAUCUGCUUCCAGCUGCCCAACACGUUCACCAGCUCGGUGCUGACUCAGGCGCUUCAGUCGCUCAUUGAGCAACCCCAGCUGCCGACCAUGUUUAUGAGGACCCUGAUUCAGUACAUCAGCGUCUCCCAGGCCACGUCAGUGAACAGCUUCCUUGCCAAGCUAGUGACCCGCAAAAUCUGGACAAACAGCAAGCUCUGGGAAGGCUUUGUGCUGUGCUGCAGCCGGACGGCGCCGUCGUCGAUGACAGUCGUCAUCGAGCUUCCGCGGCCGCAACUCGAGGCCAUCAUUAAGGCGCACUUUAUCCGGAAGGCACUCCGGGAGUACAUCCUCAGCAUGCCGUCGGAAAUCUCAAAGUCUGAUCGUGUCCAGAGCAUUCUGAAGCUGGUGAACGAGAGGCCCGCUCCGGCACAGCCGCAGCCACAGACACAGACACAGGCGCCGGCACCGCAGGAAGCGGCUCCGCCUGUUCAGCAGCCGGCACAGCCUUAGCCACACGCAGCGACUGUGCGCCAAUGCUGUUCGUGGUGGGGGUCCGUGCGACAAGCCAGAGAUUCAGUGUCAUGCCCACGAGAUAUAUGAGUGGGAUCACCUGUUGCUGGGUCUAUCAGCCGCACAUCUUUCUGGAGAGGGGGCGCUUCGAAUACACUCUUGCUUAUCCAGAACCCUUCCGCCCAACGAAGGGGCAUCG